UUCCUCCGAAGAAGACAAUACGGUGGACUUACCUGUGAGGCAUUUUAUUAUGAAGAAUUUAUAGAGUGCUUAGUGCUGACGUUAUGCACUUCCGGGUCAGUUACAACCACUCGACGUUGUCGACGUAAACGUCUACAGUGACACUUAAGUGACAACACCAUGUCGAGUAAAGAAGUGAAAGCCGCCCUGAAAAGUGCCAGAGAGGCUAUAAAAAGCAAGGAGUUCAAAGAGGCGUUGAAACAUUGCAAGGCUGUUCUGAAGCUUGAGAAAAACAACUACAAUGCAUGGGUGUUCAUUGGCCUUGCUGCCAGUGAGCUGGAGCAACCAGAUCAAGCACAGACGGCCUACAAGAAGGCUGUGGAGCUGGAGCCCGAGCAGCUACUGGCAUGGCAGGGCCUGGGCAAUUUAUAUGAGAAGACAGAUCAGUGGGAUUUCAAAAUUGAGCUACCCAACGUCUAUCAGAAACUUGUCCAACUGUAUGCAAGCUCGGACAAAAACAAGUGUUACGAGGUGAUCGGAAAGCUGCAAGAGAUGUAUCAGUCUGACAAAGACUAUUCCAAGUUGGCACAGGUUUGGCUGCAGUUGAUUCAACUGAAACAGGAUGACGGCGCAGACAAGAAAGCCUUACUGCAGCUAUGGCAACAGAUGGCCCAGCUCCUGUCAGCCUGCCUCAGUGACAAUGAGCAGGAGACUGAAACACAAAAGCAUUUAAGCACAGCCUUGGAGAAGGCAAUGGUUCUUGUUGAGCCGACACCUGGAGAAGAGCACCAGAAGGUCUCUGCCGACUACAUCAAAUGUCUUUCCAAGCUGCCUGAAGAAGAAGAGAAAAUGAAACAAGCGUGCGAGUCGAUGCUUUCCCUCUACCCCGCCCAAAGUUAUCCUCUUGAAGUCCUUUGUUUUCACUACCUCAAAAAAGGUGUCCAGAAUGAGGACGCUGUCAGUUGGUUUUCACGGCUUCAUAAUUUAGCGCCGGACAACGGUUUGUGCGACUUGGGAUUUGGCACAAAAGCACUCCAAGAGGGCAGGUAUAAAGAUGCCAUUAAGGACCUUGCACAAGGAUUGAAGAAAAGGAACUUCGGUCCAGCGUGGUACAGUUUGGCAGAGGCUCAGCUUAAAGUGCACAAAUACUCAGACUGCUCUAAAUCGUGUGCCCAAGGUUUAACAGUGUGUGUGCCUGGUGACAAGGAACUGAGGAUCAGACUGCUGAAGCUAAGGCUUGAAGCUUUGGUCAGGAGUGGAGAGGAUAAGGCUGCAGAACAGGCUUUGGAGACAUUUUCCCUGAUCCCUAAUGCUGACAAAGACCCUUUACUAGUAGCCCUUAAAGGUCGUGCAUACCUCAACAGAGGAAAAGUAGUUGAGUCGUUAAAGGUGUCUUCACAGCUGGCGGCCUCAAACCCAAACCUGGCCCAGGUGUCGGCGCUGAGGGGACUGGCCCACUUAGCUGAGGACCAGAAACAGCUAGCAGAGCAGAAUUUCCUCAAGGCAGCAGCACAAAGCCCUGACUGUGGCGAAUAUUUUUUCUUGCUGGGCCGACUCUACUGGACUAUGGGAGAAGAGACCCGUAAAGACAGAAGCAAAGCACAUUCACAUUUUCUCAAGGCUGCAAAGUUGGACCCACACCUCGGUAGCGUGUUCCGCUACCUUGGACAUUAUUAUCGGGAGGUGGCCAAUGACUCAGGUCGGGCACGUGGCUGCUACAAGAAGGCCUUUGACUUGGAUAGUGAUGAUGCUGAGUCCGGCACGGCUGCAGUUGAUCUCAGCAUGACACAUGAAGAUAUGGAUACUGCAUUGGCAAUACUUCAGUCAGUGAUCGAGAAGGCCACUCCAGGUUCUGCUAAAUGGGCCUGGAUGAGACGAGCCCUUUACUACCUAAAGGUUGGGCAGCAUCAACAGGCCAUUGCAGAUCUCCAGGCAGCUCUGAGAGCAGAUCCGGAGGACUGGGUGUGUUGGGAGUGUUUAGGUGAGGCCUACCUAAACCGCCAGAGUUUCACAGCAGCUUUGAAGGCCUUCGGGAAAGCCCACAUCCUUCAGCCUACCUCCAUCUACAGCGUCUACCAGGCCGCUGCGAUCAAACAGACCCUCGGCAAGUUCAAAGAGGCCGUCGCUGAGUAUUUGCAAAUCACAGCACAGCAUGACUAUGUCCCUGCUCUGAAAGGUCUUGGUGAGUGUCAGCUCUCUCUGGCAAAACAUUUAAUGGAGGAUUGCAGAGACGGUGGAGCCAUAGACCUGAUUGAGCAAGCUAUACAGAACCUCUUCAAGGCUGCGCAGCUGCGAUCUGACUUGUCCUGUUUAUGGAAGCUGCUGGGAGAUGCAUGCUCUGCUGUCAGUACAGUGUCUUUAAAGAGAGCUCAGGUUCACAUGCCAGCAGCCCUAGCUGGUUUGGACCCCCAAAAUCAAGUCCACAUACUGAACCAGACUCAGACUCUCAGAGUUGGAGAGAGGUGUUACACUCGUGCACUGAAGCCCAUGCCAGAGGUCGCCAGCCUUUGGUAUGAUCUGGGACUCAACUUUUAUCAUCAGGCUCGGCUGACCCGUGAUGUAGAGGAGGAGCAACCAUUACUACUAGAGAAAGCACAACAAUGUUUAAGAAAGGCAGUCAUGAUGGACAGUGGCAACCAUAGCUACUGGAAUACUCUGGGAGUGAUCAACACAAGCAAAGGUCUAGAGAACUUGGCCCUGGCUCAGCAUUGCUUCAUCAAGUCCAUUCAAGUUGAAUCAAAUAACGUUGUGGCCUGGACCAACCUGGGCACCUUGUAUCUGAAAAAGGACAAUAUGGAGCUUGCUCAUGAGGCCUUUAAGGUUGCACAGUCAUUGGAGCCGCUGUAUGUCAACUGCUGGAUUGGACAGGCACUGAUAGCAGAGAGAGUAGGAAGCUAUGACACCAUGGAUCUUUUCAGACAUACCACCGAACUCAGCACACAUACAGAGGGAGUGAAAGGUUACGCCCACUGGGUGUGUUCCACCUUGUUGGAUAAGAGCAAGAGAGAGACUGAACAGUACCGCUACAACAUAGUCCAGAUGAAUGCCAUCUCUGCUGCCCAGGUGGCACUCAGCAAGUACACCGAAAGGAUCCAGUCGGAUGCGGAUGCGUUCAUUAUGCUGGGCUUCCUGACGGAACAUCUGCAGCUGAAUAGACAGGCUGUACAGGCCUAUCAAAGAGCUGUUGAGCUGCUUGAGUCCAUCUCCCUCACAGAACACUUGUCUUUUGCUCGGAGCAACUAUGCUCGUACUUUAUGUUCUUGUGGACGUUGGGAGGAGGCGAUCCAUGUUUAUAACUCCACUACCCUGGAGGAGCUCAGUGAUCUGACAGGGCUGGCUCUGGCAUACUGCAAGGCAGGACUUAUACCAGAGAGCAUCAGCACAUAUGAGCGUGCCCUGGCUGUGGCCUCGAGCGAAAAGGAGACAGCGUACAUCUUGACAGCUCUUUCCCUGCUACAGCACCAGCAGGGCAAUGUAGACUCUGCCAAGACCCUGCUGUUCAAAUGCUCCAUGUUAAAGGAACCAGUACCAGAGUCUCUUCUGUGUUUAUGUGCCCUUGGAUUGGUCCACAAUGAUACAACGCUAGCUGCCGCUGCCCGCACAGAGCUGCUCAAGCAAGGCUCGGCCUGUGUGACUUUUAUUGAGCAGCGGUGUCUUCUCACCUGCACCUUACUGGUGCUUCAGGGGAACUACAGUGCAGUACAAAGAGAGGCAUCCAGAGCUGUACACAGCUAUCCGGGGAACUCAUCUUUUUGGUCACUCCUGUCCAGACUUGUACCCCAAUACUACCCCAGGAAGGCAAAUGGGGGAGCCAUGGCCGGACACGUCGCCUGCCUCUCUAGUAUGACCCAGGGAAAGAGGGCGUUGCUGUACAGUGGAGUGAACCAGCUGGCCUGUGGGAGACACUCUGGAGAGGAUGCUCAAAGAAAUGCUCUGAAGACCAUGCAGAGAGCUGUGCUGCUCUGUCCUGACGAUCCAGCAGCGUGGGCAGGAUUAAUGGCUGCCUGUCACACAGAAAACACUUCCUGUUAUCUUUCUAGCUCAGCCCCUCGUAGGCAAGGACUAGAGCAAACCCUCAUGUCAGUGGUUUCUGAGAAAGUGCGUAGUGUUGAGGAGAUAGAGCGCCCCCUAGCCCAGUCUCUGGAAGGAUGGGUACUACAACAGGCAGUGAGUGGUCUUAUGCUGAGUGGACAACUUCAACAGGCAGAAGCACUCUGCUCACAGGUGCUGAAUGUGUCCCCAGAGCAUCCCACAGUGGUGAUGUCGCUUAGACAAGUACAGUGUCAGCGCCUCCUUGAGGCCGGCGAUGGUACUUUCCUUUCAGAAUCUGCCCUGGAGCAGCUUAACAGUGCUGUGAUGUUGAACCCCACAAAUAUCGCGGCGUGGCAUUGGUUAGCCGCGGUGUACAUCAGCCAGGGUCUGCUCAUGCAGGCAGUCAUGGCACUCAGGCACAGUUUGCAGCUCGCCUCCCAGCUCGGCAUGCACAGCAGUCAAGUAGCCAGCCUACUGCGACUCGGCCUACUAGCGCUGAGGCCCUGUAUGGCGGGUGUCCCUGGAAACGACUGGAAAGAUCUGGUCCUACAAGCUACCACAGAGGCCUUGAAGCUGGGCUCCUGCCCUGUGGCUCGCCUAAUCCAGGCCCUGCUCCAGUUUGUUGCCAAGAUGGCUGCCAGGGAUACCAGGCGACUGUUGGAAAAGCUGGUCUAUGUCCCCUCUCAAGAAUUCCCUGUGACUGUGGCACACGUGGCCAGCUGGUACCUGCUAAGGCACUUGCAUUCCAAAAAUGACCAGGAACUAAUUAAUGCACUUUUGGAGCACGCCAGAAUGAACGGGGAUCAACGAUUGCUGGACUUUCAUUUACAGCUUGUUUCUUCAUCCUGAAUGUUGCCCCAGUGCCUCUUUAAAAAAAUAUAUAUAUAUAAUUUCUCCACCCAUGAUGAUCUCAGGCCCCAUUUCACAUGGUGUGAUUUGAAUCUUAAAGGGACACUAAACCCACAUUUUUCCCCCCAAUACAUUGUAUGUUGCCAGCACUAGUCAAAACACAGUACUCUGAUUAAUAUUGUGAUCGUGGAAUAAUCCAUCAACGUAAGGGGACCGCCAUGUACGCCGAAUUCGUCAUCAGCCCUCGACGGGAAAUGGCGUCGAAGUGCAAGCAGCCCCUUACCUGUUAUUACAGCUCGUUAUAGAAAUUUAAUGGCUGACAAAUUUUGAGAGCGAUGGAUUUAAUCACUCGAUCCUGUGUACACCAUGCCUGAGAUGUAAAUCAUGGAAUUGCUGUCAACUGUCAACUCGAACUGUAGCAAAGAAUAAAAACGUAAAAUACCUUCUAAGAAAGAGGUAUGCAAAAAGAAAUCCA